AUAAAUGAGCCUACCCGUAUAGUUUCUCAACUGAUGCUACAUUUAGAGGACGAAGGAUUACUAAUGAAUUGGCCUACUGAAUUUUGUGUGUAGGUUACUCUCUUGUCAGUCACAGUACUCUAAACGAAUUCCUCAUUUUACAACGAAGACUCGAUACUUAACAUAAUAAUAAUAGAGCGAUUAGUGUUUAAGAACGAGCUUAAGAUAUCAAGCAUCCUUAUAUGACUGGAGCCAAAGAGGAUAUUGAUGACCUAAGAAUGAGCGCUGAUCCUCACAAUAAUCCCAGGUCGAAUGCGAUGGAAACCAGGGUUAACGGUUUAUUACCUGGAUGCCCAAACCUGCUGCAUCCGGAUGAUGCUAAAAUGCGCCACGAAAGAGAGGAACAUUUAGCCAAAAUAAAUUCACAAAAAAACAAAAUUAUGCACAAGAAAAAGAUAACAGACGAAAAGAUGCCAACCGUGGUUAUGGAUUUGCAUUCUUUUAACUCUGACAACCGACAGAAUGGAAAUACGUUCCCAAGUUUCAGCAAGAAAUUGUCACGAUCACAUUUGACUCUGGGUAAAAUUACAGAGGGCGAUGAGGACGCUGUUGAUACAGAAAAUGAGAAUGCGUUUAUAACGGCAAACCGGAGAUGGAGAUCAUGUCCCGGGUCCCCAAGGCAUAAUAGCCCGUACUUGAGAGAAUACGCUUUUGAUUCUACCUUUCACAAAUGCGUUACCAACAAACUAUUGAACGAAAAUGAAACUCAUCGCAACAAGCCGAAGAAAGUAGUCCUACAACUACCCCAGAUUGUUGUCAGUUGA